GUGACCUCAACCGUUUGAGUAAGCUGAGGACAUCCAGUCUGUUUGCUGCUCUCAUAAUGCUUCGCACUGCUGUGUUAUCACUCACAGCGUUGAUGUUUUGUCUCAGUCUUUUCCUGCUGCACAGAGCCAGUGUUUUAAAAAAUAAUUUUCGCAAACUCCAAAGGGACAUAAUUCAACAAUUAAAUCAGCCAUGUUCUGAGAGAGUUAAUGGGAAAACAGCCAAGAUAUCUGAAACGAGGGAGGUAUGUCACUGAUUAUGCAGGAUGGAGUCAUCUUGGACAUUGUACUACUGAGAUUUAUGCCAUUAGUGAGUAUUCAGAUAAGGCUGCAAUAAUACAUUUUCUCCUAAUGCUUUGUUUUCUCUAAGGACUUGAAGGCAAGUGCUUUGCAAAGUGCUCAGAGUUCUCUGAAGAUCUCUUCUAGGAGAGUAAAACGGGAACAGAGCAGCUGCAGAGGUGGGUCAGAGCUGAGAACUGAAAAUGUGUCCAUUAGUUACACUCUAAUCUGUUAGUGAACACAUAAACAGUGUAUGCAGAGUUUAUAAAAUUAAAGUAUUAUGUUUAUUUCCCCUCUUGCCAGCUCCAGCAUCAUUCAUGUAUUUAACAGCUAACACGAACAAACAACCAGGCAUUAGAGGUAAAACUGAAUUCAAGUCUUUGGCUUUAGUAAUCCACUGUAUGCCAUUAUUUUGAAUAAGUGUAUCUGGCCGCUCCCACAGGAAAUAUAUUAGAGAUCCCUUGGACCAUUUCAGCGCAGCGAGGAAAUGCAAUUUCACAGAGGGAAAACAGAAUUGUUGUCCAAGAGGAUGGUUAUUACUUGGUGUUUGGACAAGUAUUGUGUCACUUUAAUUCAAGCAUAACUAAAUUGAUUUACAUCUGAUUUGUUCCAACUAUUCUACUAAUGUUCUGCUUAAUUCACAGGUUCUGUUCACAAGCCAAAGUUCUGUUAUGGGUCAUAUAAUUCAAAGUUGGAGUUCAACGAGAAGAGGAAUAACAUCAACAGAGCUAUUGCGUUGCAUACAAGAAAUGCCAGAUCAUACUCCUGCCAAUACAUGCUACACAGCAGGUCAGAGAGGCACUUACUGUGUGGCCACAAAUAGCUAUAUGAUUUUGAAAGGCAUGCUUAUUUGCCUUAUUGAACAAAUCAAGAAAAAAAAAAGAGAAGAUUAGCAUCACUGAUGUGUUUGGUGAGAAGAAAUAUUUACAGCUGGCAGUUGGUUAUCUUACUUCAGCACAAAGACUACACUAACUCGCCCAAACCUUCAAUAGAAUUAGCCCACUAGCUUCAUAUUGUAAAAAUAAAUUUAGGUGCAUGGUAAACAUAUUUGGUUGUACAAGCUGUGUUAGACUUUAUCUUCGUCAGGUGGACUAUUAUUAUUGCUCUGAGGUGUCUGGUUCUUGCUAAAAAAGAAAACAAAUGUCUGCCAAGCAGUGGAUCAAGUUUUAUGUUUUGAUUCUUGUACAAGUUUUUAAAGAAAAGUAUUUGAUGUGAAUGAUCAUUUAGUUUUUCCUUGAACAGACAAAUUUUAAGAUGACACGGAAAGGGAUUUUGCCACCAUUGAACAAAUCAUGUUAACAGUUUCCUUCUGUUUCUACUCUAUGUACUGAGCUAGAUUUAGCCAAGCUGACUGAGUGCUCUCCUUACCCAUGAGAGGAGAAAGCUAUAUUGAUCAUCUCAUCUGACUUUUAACAAGAGAUUUAGGCCUGUAUGUGUGCCUUUUGUCAAUGUGAUGUUAGGUGUAACUUGGCCUUCAGAGUCUAUAUAAAUGUAAUGUUGAAGCUGCUUAGUAGUAGCCUAUGAGAUUUUUCUUCAAUAUCUCUCCUUUAAUGCUUUUAUAUACUGAAGCUACUGUAUGCAUUUCCCCCCACAGGCAUAGUGCAGCUGCACCAGGGUGAUGAGCUUCAGUUGGUGAUACCUGACAGGCCACAAGCCCUCAUCUCUAUGGACCCAGAAUCAACAUUUUUUGGUGUCAUACAGCUAAAUUGAAAAAAAAAAGUACAGGGAUGAUGACUAUGCAGCUGUCCAUUUCAGGAUGUUAGAAACUGACACUGAGCCGUUUGAGGGGAAGCUGAUAAAGACCAGAGUGACAGUAUUAGGAAAAAUGCUCGUAACUGUUCUUGUUUUUAUACAAUGGACUUUUAAAUUGAGCUGUCCAUCAUCAUCAUCUUUGGAAAACUUCAAAAAUCCCUCAGCUUUAACCUUUUAAAUAAGCACCUUCCUUUACUCUGGCCUAUCCUUUAGCUUUGUUUAUGUAUAAUUCCACCUCCUUUCAUCAGUCUAUUUUAGUACAUCUCUUUAUACCUUGCUGGGGGCUUCCCUCCAGCUCCACCUCCCUGCUGUCUGUUUAUUUGUUCCUCUCAUCUAUUUUAAAACGGUUUCCGUGUUCCUAAGACUUUGUCAGGAACAAACACAGGUAUAAAUUUAUAGCUCUCUACACUGGGGGUGUAUCCUGGUUGGUGUGAAAUUUUAACACUGUAGUGCCAAAAUAUAUCAUAUUAAAUUUGCUGUUAAUAAAAAUGCCUCAGAGAGAAAAACACUUGUUUUCAUUUAUGAUAUAUUUUGAAUUCAUGCAUGUCAAACACAGAAAAAAUACCAUCUUUGUAAAAAUAAAUAAAAAUAAAUAAUUAUUCAUACAAAUUAA